CAUAUGCUUUAUGAGACAGGAAGUUGCACAAAGUGGAAAGCAUCGCUAAAAUUAAAUUAUGUCAGGAUCAAAGCCCCACACCCCUCUCUCCUGCCCCCCUUUUUAUCGCUUCACAUAAAUCAGAAGCAGCUCAAGAAUUUAGGGUUUUCUCAAAGAGGGAAAUUGAAAAAAAAAACAAAAAAUGGGUCGAGGUAGGGUUGAGAUGAAGAGGAUUGAAAACAAGAUUAGCAGGCAAGUCACCUUCUCCAAGAGAAGAUCAGGCCUCUGGAAAAAGGCUAAUGAGAUCUCCCUUCUCUGCGACGCUGACGUUGCUUUGAUUGUCUUCUCCACUUCGGGAAAACUCUUCCACUAUUGCUCUCAUCCUAGCAUGGGAAGACUUGUUGAACGAUACGAGCAACACACGUACUCUCAGAAAAUUGGUGCGCCUAACGAACCGAAGGAAGACUUGCUCCUAGACCAUCCAAAACUUGGCCAUCAUCUGCAAUAUCUGCACAGAACUAUGAG